AUGCUCAAGCUCAUCUUGCAGAGCGAGAAGCUCCUGCCGCAGGAGCUGCGCCUGCUCAUCCGCCGCAUUCACGAUGACGUGACAGAGAAGUUCAGCGACGAGGCAGUAUUCCGGGCCAUGGGCGGGUUCUUCUUCCUGCGCCUCAUCUGCCCGGCCCUCCUUGCGCCCCAGCUCCAUGGCCUCCUCGAUGAGCCGCCUCACCCCGUAAAGAGUUUCCCCCUCCAGCUGCUCAUGGCGCAGCGGCAGUUGAUCCUGGUGACCAAGGUGCUCCAGAACUUGGCCAACGACACUCUGCCCGGCGCCAAAGAGGCGUAUAUGGAGCGGCUCAACGCGUUCAUCGUGUCCAACAAGCCCGCCCUUGGUCGCUUCUACGAUCAGAUCGUGGACCACCCCGACCACGGCAAGCUCACCGACCUCGCCGUGCCGGCACGAGUGCGCAACGAUGCACUCAUCAAGCUGCGGGCGUUUUUGGAGGCCAACCUUGCCGGCGUGGAGGCCCACCUCCGUGCUGCCAGCGAUGAUGGCGAUGAAGGCGAAGACAUUGUGCGGGAGCUGCGGAACCUAUUGGACAAGGAGCCGGCAUCGCCGCUCGAACGAGUAUAA